GUCCACGUCAGCGAUCCGCGCCACUUCACCGUUUUUGACAUCAAUGGUCAAGAUCCUUCACCGCUUCCCUUAUCAACGGUCAGAAGAUCCCCGUUGUUCACGAAAGCGGGGAUUGUUUCCCCGUUUUUCUCCUCAGCGGGGAUUGCAUCACUGCUUUUGUCAAAAGCGGUGAUGUUAUCACCGUUUUAGACUAAAACGGUGAAUAUAAUCAUUGUCUUUGUCUUCGACAGUAAUUUUGAAACUGCUGUACUUUGAAAAAUAACUUUAUAAGUAGGGAUUUUUUUUUAAUAAUUAGAGUAUUCUGGGAUUUUUUCCAUAUGUUCCGACCCCACGACUGCUUCAUCUCCACCGCGUAAUUCCGCUUCGAUUCUUCACAAAACCUUGCCGCCCCUCUCUGAUAUCUCCCUCCUCACUCUACAAUCCCAUCCCCUCGAAUUCUCCUAGAUGGGUCGGGAUAAAACAGAUGAAAAAUUCGACCCAGUGUGGGAAUUUUUGUUAAAUCGCUACCAGGAGGCGGCAUCAUCGGAAAUCCAGGCCAUGCAAUUGAAAGCCACGAUCGAGUUGACCCGUUACUCUGACCAUGCGCCGGAGCAUGUUCUGGCUCGGGCGAUACCAACUUUGGCCGGACUUCUUCACAGUAACAACGGCUCGACCAAUUCAGUGAAGGAAGCCGCCGUGUAUAGCUUAAAGCGCAUUGCUUUUCGAGGUGAGGGUUCCUUGGCUGUGGAGAUUGGCAAUUCUGGUGCUAUCCCUUGUCUGUUGAGGUUGUUGCCUCUGUCAAAUGAUAAGUUGCAAAGGGUUCUGAUUAAGUGUCUUUGGUGCCUCGUUAAUUCUGCGGAUGAGAAUCGUGUUACUGUGGCUAGAAAUGGUGGUCUGGAGAUCAUUUUGGAUAUGUUGAAUUCUUGUGUGGAAGAUAAUUGCGGCAAGAAGAGGGUCUAUCUGCUAGAGAUUUUUAGUGCAUUGGCAUUGUUGAAAGAGGUCAGAAAGAGGCUUUCUGAGUUGAAUGGCCUUAGGUUCCUCAUUGAAUCGGCUAAAUGGGGUAGGAUGAAAUCCAGGGAUAGAGCUUGUCAGGCCAUUGGAUUGCUUGGUCGGUCGUGGCGUGCUCGGUGUAUGCUUGUCGAUCUAGGAGCAAUUCCUGUAGUCAUUGAGUUGUUUAGGGAUGGGAAUGGUAAAACCAAGGUUACUGCUGGCAAUUCACUUGGCAUCAUAUCAUCACAUGUGAAUUUCGUUAGGAAGGCAGCUGAGGCUGGGGCUAUACCACUAUAUGCUGACCUGCUUCAGGGACCUGACCCUAUUGGUAAAGAGAUUGCAGAGGAUGCAUUCUGCAUAUUAGCCAUUGCCGAGGAGAAUGCGGUCGCCAUUGCUGAUCAGUUGGUCAGGAUCUUAAGAGAAGGUGAUGAUGAAUCGAAGGUUGCUGCCUCUAAUGUCUUCUGUAAUCUCGGCACCUAUGAACCCUCCGUUUCUAUUGUUAGAAACUCUGGUGCAAUUUCUAUUCUCGUUGAGCUUUUAAGACAUGGGAAUUUGGAUGUAAAGGGGAGUGCCUCUGGGGCGAUCUCUCAGUUGAGCUAUGAUCGGGCCAAUCGAGAAGCACUGCUCGAGGCUGGUGCGGUUCCAAUUCUCCUUGGGUUGUUGGGAGAUCAUUCGGAGGACAUGGACGUGAGAAAUAACGUUGCAGAGGCACUGGUAAACUUUUCUCAUGAUAUGGAGCAAUGUGACUUGGUAGCUGAGGUGGUUAAUGGUCCUUCGUUCGAGUUUAUGCAUACUAGAGUUGGUAGACUCCGAUCCUCGGAUGAUCAGACUGUUAGCUCGUUGAGGCAUCUUAGUGUUGAGCAGCUUAGUUAUGACCCUGAACUUGUGUAGUUGGAUACUGUAGACUGUAGAGUUUGUUGUAUCUUUUCUCCCUUUCUGAAUUGUGCAAUGUUGUAUUUUAGGUACAGAAGUAUAUGUUUACUGUGAUAGAGAACUGUGGAAAAUCCUUUUCACAGUGAUGGUGCGUUUCAAGCAUCACAGAGUUGGUGAAUAUCUGGAAAGUACCAUAAAAGGAAUAGUCAAUAAUAAAAUGUUGCCAAUUCA